CUCCUCCUCUGUGAUCUGUACACACGUCAUGACGCAGUCCCCGGAAGUGGCGGAGGAGAAGCCGACGCAGUAGAAGUCUUUCUUCUUCUUCUUCUUCUUCUUCUUUCUUUUCUUCUGGCUCCUGUCUUUCUCACUCUUCAUCUUCGAGUUUCGGGAAUCGGAGAAAAAGAAAAGAAGAAGAAACCCGGAUAAUCUUCGGUCUCUUCAGUGCUCGAUUGGCCCUCGCUGUCUCCUCUCCAGCACCAUGGAUCAUACCCACCAUCACCAAGCCAUGACCACGGCCACCACCGGCGGACACGACCACGGGGGAGGAGGGCAUGAUGGGAACCAUGGAGGACACAUGGGGAUGGUGAUGACCUUCUACUUUGGCUACCACAACGUGGAGCUGCUGUUCACUGGACUGCUCAUCAACUCACCUGGAGAGAUGGUCGGGGCAUGUAUCGGUUGCUUCCUAUUGGCCGUCCUGUACGAGGGACUAAAGAUUGGACGUGAAGUGUUGCUGCGUCGCAGUCAGGUCAACGUGCGCUACAACUCCAUGCCGCUCCCCGGGGCUGAUGGGACAAUGCUGAUGGAGACACACAAGACAGUCGGGCAGCGGAUGCUAAGCCCCGGCCACUUCAUGCAGACCCUGUUGCACAUCGUCCAGGUGGUCGUCAGCUACUUCCUGAUGCUCGUAUUCAUGACCUACAACGGUUACCUGUGCAUCGCCGUGGCAGCCGGUGCUGGGAUGGGCUAUUUCCUGUUCAGCUGGAGGAAGGCGGUAGUCGUCGACAUUACCGAGCACUGCCAUUAGCUAACAUGCUAAUCAGCAUUGCGUCUGGAGGUUUAAUUUCUGCUGAUCACAAUCGAUAAAUACUAACAACUACUUUCACUCUUUAUUAGUGCUCUAGCCAACGUGCUACUGAAACUACAAACCACCAGGAUGGUUUCACAUUUUCAGCUAGCACAUGAAACACUACAUUACUAAUUUUAGUCAAUAACCAUGGUAACACCUUGUUGUAGGAUAGCAUGCACUAUAACAAACAUAAAGGAAAGAUCUUUGCUUUACAGAAAACAAAAAUCGUUUAUCAUUGAGUUUUCUACCAGACCAGUCAGCCAAUCAGAGCCUGGAUCACAUUAGAAAGUUCUGAUUGGCCAGAUCCACUUAUUAUUCUUUUUAAAUCUAUUUUCUGUGCCAUGUCAACAGAUUAGUCGUAGCUGCUGUUAGCCAAAAAAAAGUACGUAGUUUACAUACACUUCUUUAAGUUAGCAUCGUUGGCAGCUUAUUUGAAAAGCCAAUCAUAGCAAAGUAUUUAAAUAAUUUGAUUAAUUGAAUAUACACUUUAAUUAUAGAAAAAUCAUCAUUUAAAAAUCUUUUGUUCUCAAAUGUUUUAUUUUAAAAAUUGUCCACGAGUCACUUCUUUCAUUAAUCAAGAGAAUUCAACUUUCAUCAACAACAGAACAUCGGACAUUACACUUCACUGAAAAUGGAAAAUCAUUUUCUUGUUGACACCAAAUAUUUACACUUUUUAUGAAAACAUUUAAAAAUGAAUUAUUGUUCCAGUUUGUGUUUGAGAAUCUGACUGGUUGUGAGUCGGCCAAUCAGGGCUCAGAUACUUUUUUCACAUCUACAUUGAUAAUUUCCCAAGUUUUCUUUUAAAAAACCACGAAACACGAGUUUACAUUAACACAUAGUAAAUAACAUAAUUGAUUCAAUUUACUUGUUCUGGGCCUUAAACUCGACACCGUUUGCCUUAAUGUGGCCAACAGGUGGAAACGUCCUGACGUACAAUGUGCUGUGACUGGAGGCCAGUGUUUGAUGUGUAGCUGCUGCUUAUCAACGUCAACAUUAUAUCUGUCGUUAAUCGUCUGCUGCUCUUCGUUCACUAUGACCUGACAACGUUGGUCUUUUAUCUCUUGUCGUCAGAUGAAGUGUCAUUCAUGGCAGCGUCAGAUGUUGUGAUAUGUUGUGAUUUUUUUUUUUUUUUUAAAUAAAUUGAUUCACUCUGAGGUAGGUGGAGUUUACUUAGUGGACCAAUGAAAUUACAGGGACAGAUAGGUUACUUGAUUUCUAUUUCGUGAGUCUACAUACUUUCGGACAUUAUCAGGUGUCCACAGUGAGCAGGUGUAUUUUCGAUGAAGGGUGUCCAUAUACUUUUGUCCAGGUGCUGUUGGCGUGUGAGGGGCCACGUUGGUUUUGUGUGUGUUGGUAUUGUCAGGUUUGAUUUCCUCGUUUGAAUUGACUCGUUGAGAUUUGAUUUUGAUAACAACAUGAGGAAAACUUGUGAAGGAACAUUUUUUAUCUGAGUCUGAAAAUGUUGUAAUUGUCACAAAUGCUGGAAUUAUAAAAAAAACAAAACUUAAUAAAGUUAAUGAAGAAUGUUGUCA